CAUCACACCCACACUUUGCUUUGAGCGCAACAAUGGCCAAGGGGCGCAAAUCCAAUGGCGCCUCAGCCAACUCUGCUGCGGGAUCGUCGGCCACCAGCAGCGGUCGCCCUGCCCGCGGUGGUCUGUCGCGCGCCGACAAGGAGCAGCUGCUCGAGUUUGGCCAGCUGCACCCUGUGGAUAUCGAGAAGCAGCGCAUGCACGAGCAGCAGUCCGGCCAGCAGCAGCCACAUGGCGCACAUGGAGGACGGCGCAGCCACACCAGUGAGCAAGCAGAUCUGGACCUACUGGCAGAUCGUCGCACAAGGAUUGUCGUGGACGAAUCCAUGGCCAGCCGUGGUAGUGAGGAUGGUGGCCGAGGCCGCGGGCGAGGAGGUCGCGGGAAUGACAAGCGUCGCAGGAACUGGCGCGACGUCGGAGGUCCAUCCGAUCCCGACCAAGACACGUCGUCGCAAGCGCAAGCUCAUGACGAAGAGGAAGAGUAUGCAGAGUACGACGACGAGGCGGACGCAAACAAGCCAAGCUCGUACGACGCGCUGCUCGGAUCGCUCCGGCUGACUGGGAAUGCUGCCCUGCUGCUGAAACGCCAACGCCUGGAGGAAGAAGGUCUCGAAGUCGAUCAAGACGACGAUGAAGACAAUCAGGACGAAGAUGAAGAACAGCUGGAUGACGAGGACGAGAACCAGGAAGAGGACUUUGACGAGGAAGUUGACGAGGAAGUUGACGACGAAGACGACGACGCUGCCGACGAAGACGGCGACGACAACCUCGAUGAGAACGGCGAAGAGCUCGUCAGUGAUGAGGAGAACAAUGCAGAAGAGGACGAGGAGGAAGAAGACGGCGACGACGACGACGACGACGACGCUGCUCCCGCCGAGAAGGACGCCAUCGACAACUCCAACGACACGGACAGCGAGAACGAGGAAGGCUUCGACGCCAGCAGUGACGAAGAAGACGAGGAGGAGGAGAAGGACACGCAAGGAUCUCACGGUCUUGCGACGCUCAAACCGCGGAUCUCUGCCAAAAAAGCGAACGCAGGAGACUUCUUUGCCGCCCAUUUCAAGCACGCCAUCCAACCCGCCGAACUAAAGCAGUUGACCCAACGUCAAGGCAUUGUCCAGACCUCCCUCACUGCGUCCGAUGCCACGACUGCCGCCGAAAUCCUUCUCACUAGUUCCGCCACCAAGACUUCGACUACCGUCGCUGGCAAUCUCGCCACGGUCGCGUUGGAUCGGGCUAUCGCCGCAAUCAAUGCAUACUCUGACGUCCUGUACCCGACCUGCAUGGAUGCUUCGCUGACGGAUGCCACGCCGUUCGCCUCUGCCACGUCGUCCGACAAUGCCACUCCUGCCAGCAUUCGAUUGCUCGCAGGUCAACCCGUCAAACCUCCGCGAAAAGGCGGCGAUUUGCCAACCUUCCCCGUCACAAAUCAUCACCAGGUGCUCGAUGCCUUGUGUGCACACGUUGCGCGACAUGCCAAGCGGACGCGAGCGCGUGUCGUGAAGGACAAUCAGAAAAUCUCAACAGCACACGCCGAGGGUGUCGAGCCUGGGGAAUAUCGCGACCAAGGCUUCACAAGGCCUCGCGUCCUCAUUCUUGCACCAUUCCGCAGCUCUGCCUUGAGGAUUGUGCAUGGCAUUCUUGCCCACCUCGGCAACGAGUUGCAGGUCGGCAACCGAAAGCGGUUCAACAUGGAAUACGGUGUGGAUGCUGAAACGGCGGCAGCCGAUGAGAGCAAGGAACGCCCUGACGACUUCAAGGCGACGUUUAGCGGCAACAUUGACGAUUGUUUCAAAAUUGGCAUCAAGAUUUCGCGCAAAAACGUCAAGCUGUUCUCUGAUUUUUACUCUGCCGACAUUAUUGUCGCCUCGCCUCUUGGCCUGAAGCUCAUCAUUGGAUCUGAAGGCGAUAAGAAGCGCGACUUUGAUUUCUUGUCCUCGAUUGAAAUCCUCGCGUUGGACCAAACGGAGGUCUUCUCCAUGCAAAACUGGGACCACGUCAUUGAUGUUUUGUCGCACCUCAACCGUCUUCCGAAAAACACGCGCGACACUGACUUUUCUCGUGUUCGCGAAUGGAAUUUGAACGACUGGAGCAAGUUCUAUCGCCAAACAAUCAUCCUUUCGGCGCAUCUCAGCCCAGAGAUUUUGGCCCUGAUGCGUCGCAUUUCAAGCAACUUUUCGGGACGGCUGAUCGUGCAGCCCACGUAUCCGGGAUGCAUUUCGCGCAUCGUCAACCAAGUUCCUCAGGUUUUCCACCGCUUUGAGUGCGACUCGUACUCGAACAUGCCGGACGCUCGUUUCGCCUUCUUCCGCGAAAAGAUCGUUCCGGCACUCAGCAGCUCGGCGGCUUCAUCACACACGGCGCUCAUGAUUCCAUCGUACUUUGACUUUGUGCGCGUCCGAAACUUUUUGAAAAAGGAGGAGAUUGACUUUAGCCAAAUCAGCGAGUACUCGUCCGGCAGUAAAGUGGCUCGAGCACGCACAGAGUUCUUCCACGGCCAUUCCAAGCUCCUGGUCUUUACCGAGCGCUUUUACUUUUUCCACCGCUAUCGGCUCCGCGGCAUUCGCACGCUGGUCAUGUACGCCCUGCCCGACAACGCGCAAUUCUACCCCGAGCUCGUCAACUAUGUGGACGUGACUGGCGCCGUCUCCUCCACCGCUGAUCCUCGCCUCACGGUGCUCUACACGCAACUCGACGCCAACCGACUUGCACGCGUCGUGGGCACGGCACGUGCCGAGCGAAUGAUUGCUUCGGACAAGAGCACCCACAUGUUCUGCUAACACCUGGAGCCAUUUGUGUUGUACAUUGUGAGCUGUACUUUUUGGCCUUUCGAGUAGACAACGUAGAUACAGUAUGCUUGGCACGGUGUAUUGUUUAAAAGUCGUGUUAACGAAAAACACAAACACAG